AUGUCAGAACAUACCAGUGCGGAUCUCCAGGAUGACAUUGACGUUCCAAUUACGUCCAGUCGCCCAACCACACGACUUGGUAGAUUGGAUCAGUGCGCAGUUGUGUGGCUUGAAGAAUUUCGAUAUCUGUGGCGUGAUUUGCUGGACCCGACUGUUCCUUUCUCAGUUGUUGUCAUCAGCCCCAGACCACCGCAGAGUCGUUACCAAGACUACAAUUGCCAUGUUCUUCUUGAACAGAACAGACCACAAGGAAGAGCUGCGGGAGUCUUAACUGCCAUGAGUCGGGAACCACAGGGUUUGGAAGUCAUUCAAGGGGCAUAUAGUGUCCCACGUUUUGUCAGAUUGGAUGAUCUCAUCGAGACCAUGAACAUCCAACCACAAUGUGAGGGCCGACGUUGUACUGCCUUUCACCAGCAAGAACCAAUUCAUUUGGUCCAGGCCACUGAACUGACGUCAGGUUUUAGCAUCCGAGUUCAAAUCACCACUGCCAUGACCCAAUUUCCGAUCCUACCACAAUCACAUAGUGGUGAAUUUGAUGCAUCCGUUUUCAUGCAAAGACCGGCAUCUGCAGCACCACAAGAAGUUGGAGAUGAUCCACAGCAACCGGCAACGACGCCCGCAUGUCCAACUUUCCAGUUUGAUCCUGAUGCUGCCGCUUUUGUGCCAGGAGGUCUUGCAUUGUUACAGACGUCCUUACAGCGUAAAAAGACCCUGAGUUUGGAUGAGCUUAUUCCGGAAGAACUUAGCAGCACAGACCAUUGGAUUCCAUUUCAACUGUUACAUUUGGACUUCAUCCCUGAACUUCCUAGAGAGAUUUUCUUGGAAGAAGAUGCCACUGAACAGGAGGUUGAACAAGAAUUGCAGAAGUUUGGACAUCAUAGACAUGCCUAUGCCAUUGGUUCCACUGGGAAAUUUGCCACUGUGCCGAUCCAUUGGCACACCAAGGAUCAUCAUGCGAUUUACUGGCAGACCAAUGUAACAGAGUCCACGCCCACACAGUGCAUGGAUCUUGGGGUUGACUGGACGUACAUUGAAGAACUUUUCCAAUCAGUGACAUCUGGAAUGAACUGGCCGAUCAUCUUGCCAAAAGUGAAGCAACAGAUGCAAGCACACAGGAUUCACAUCCUGGGAGUCCAAGAAGCCAGAAGUCCACCAGGUUUGAGCACUGCUGAUGACAUCCUGAGAGAGACAACAACGUGGACAUCACCCGAUGGUCAAAGUGAACAUCGUAUUGAUUUCAUUGCGAUUCCUCAAGCUCAAUUGCCAUCUUGCACAUGGUCUGGCAUUGUGCCUACCCUUGAUCAAGGGAAUGCACACAAUGACCACACAGCCACAGCAUUGCAGCUGAAUUGGACAGUAGAGCUUCCCAAAAGACUCAAAUCCACAGCCAAUGUGCGCCAUGAUCGCACCAAAAUCGCACAUAAGAAGGGAUUGCUUCAUUUUCAGCAUGUCAAAGCUUGUGACUGGCAAUGCAACAUUGAGACCCAAGUGCAAGAAUUAAACUCGGCCAUUCAUACUGCUUUGACUGAUGUUUGUCCAAUUGACAAGACCACACCCAAGAAAUCCUUCAUUGAUGCAGAGACUUGGGAAUUACGUGCGAGCAAACUUCGUUUGAAACGUCGAAUUUCCUUAGCUGGGAAGCAGGCGAGGUUGGAUCUGAUGGGUUUGUGGUUCAAGCAAUGGAAGGGCGAAACCACUGUGCAAGAACACAACGAGUUUGUGCAACAUCAGUGCACUGUUUCCUGCGUAUUUCUGAAGUUGUCUUGCCAAUAUUGGUCUUGCACCCGACAAUUGAAAAAGCAGUUGCAGACGCUCAAGAACAAGAACAUGCAGAAGGUGAUUGAGGAGGCAGGUUACAAUGCCUCGGCUGGCACACUUUUGCAUCUCAUGAAACCUUUCUUAGGAUCGACCAAUCCCAAGAAGCAAAAAAGAGCGUGCCUACCGAUUGUCAAGCAGGCCGAUGGCCGAAUCUGUGCAGACCCAGUAGAAGCCCAGAACAGAUGGAUUGAAUUCUUUCGUGACAUGGAAGGUGGCAGAAGAAUGACUGACCUCCAGUACAGAGAUCACUGGUUGCAAGGUCUUGAUCAUUUUAUCCAGACAGAGGCCACCAAUAUUCCUAUCCAAGACAUGCCAACUUUGUGUGAACUCGAAACUGCUCUCCGUAGAGUUCAGAUUGGAAAAGCUAUUGGCAUGGACCAUGUUCCACCAGAAAUCUGUCAUUAUUGCCCUGUGCAAUUAGCGAGGCUCUGCUAUCCCAUCAUGCUGAAGGCAGCCAUCCACGGCCAAGAGGCAGCAGAGCACAAAGGAGGGAAGCUUGCCAUUGCGUGGAAGCAGCGUGGAGAUGUACGAGAUUGUCAAACGCAUAGGUCCCUUCUUGUUUCGAGCCAUAUUGGAAAAACCAUUCACAGGGCACUGAGGCAGAAGUCACACCAUUUGUAUGACGCCUAUAUGCAAAGACAGCAACUUGGUGGAAAACAGAAAAUGCCUGUUUCCAUUCCGCUCCACAUGACACGAGCAUUUCUGCGAUGGAAGGCCCGUAUCUCGGCCUCGACUGCUGUAGUAUUUCUUGACUUGACUGAAGCUUUCUAUCGCACGCUUCGUCCCCUUGCUGUUGGAGGUGAGAUGUCUGACCAUAGCAUUGGUCUCAUGUGUGCACGUCUAGGCUUGGACUCUGAUGCCAUGCACGACUUGACACAACUCCUCCAGGAGCCAGCUGCCCUUGCUGAAGCACAAGCACCAGCGCAUGUGCAGCGCAUGUUGCAGGCCUUCCACCGUGAUACGUGGUUCCAGAUUGGAACCCAAACAGAUCUUAUACGGACGGAGAUCGGUUCACGACCGGGAGAUAGCUUUGCUGACGUUGUGUUUGGCCUGUUAUGGGCAAAGCUCCUCAGAAAACUGGAGGCACAUUUGGUCAGCUUUGGCAUUUUGGAAUUCAUUCCUGACAUUGAAUUUCCGACACCAUUUGCAUCCGAGGACAGCACUGCAUAUCCGAAAAUUCCAUUGCUCGGUCCCACUUGGAUGGACGAUUUGAGUCUGCUCAUCACUGCACCAUGCAAUGAAGCUCUGAUCACAAAGACCAAACUUGCGGUUAGUCUUUUGCUCGCCCAAGGGCCCCAGUUGCCUGCUCCUGCGCCACAACAAUGGGAGGACUAUGAUAUUCCUUUCUUGGAGGCACUCUACCUGCAUCUAGUGGAGGAUGAGACCCAGGGAGUCCUGGCUGUGUCAUUAAGAAAGUUCAUAUGUACCUACCCCAUCAGUUGGACGAAAUGCAAGAGAACACUCGCUGCCUUUUGCCAGCAAUUCACCGAGGCAGAUGCUGACGUCCUCAACUGGUCUUACCCUGUAAUCAUUCACCACAUGACGCUGAUGCAACAGGAUAAAUACUGGGAUUUUUUGCAUGAUGAUAAAGCCUCAGUAACAUGUCACAAGCCAGCGACUAUUUGCGAAUGGGAACAAUGGUGCACUGGGCUUGCCAACCAGCCUCCAUUGGAGUGGACACAAUGGAAUCCACAGCCGCAAUCCCUCACCAAACAGAAAAUCCUUCUUCAUGCAUUUGCCGGAAGGCGACGCAGAGGGGACAUUGAGUGGUAUCUUGACAUGCUUUCGCAGAAGAUGGAAGGAUGCGUUCUUUUGACUGUUUCAAUUGAUAUUAUCAUUGACUCUGUACACGGAGAUAUUGCGAAGGAGGAGACAAGAAUGAUGUGGCUGCACCAUAUCAGACAGGGACAUGUGGCAGGAUUUUUGGCUGGUCCACCAUGCAACACAUGGAGCCGAGUGAGAGCAGUUCAACUUGCUGGUAACAAAGGGCCCAGAGUCAUUCGUACGCCUGAUGCCCCUUGGGGCUUGAAUGAGCUGCGUAUUGGUGAAUUGCACCAAGUGACGAUUGGCACCAUUUUGUUAGGAUUUGCAUUUGAAUACAUGCUUGCUAUGGCAAGGUACAGUGGAUCUGGCGUCCUGGAGCACCCCAAAGACAGCGAAGAUGAGUCAACGGUCAGCAUCUGGAGGUUACCGAUCCUCCAAUUGCUACUACAAUUUCCUGGUAUGAGAUUGGUUAAUUUGUCGCAAGGGCUCUUCGGAGCUCCCAGUCCGAAGCCUACGACUUUGCUUGUAUUACGCUUGCCAUCACUGGAACGGUCGUUACAUGAAGGCAUGCUGUGUACCAAGCUCCCCUUCGGCAUUACCACAGGCAAAGAUAGCCAUGGAAACUUCAACACGGCUCCGUUGAAGGAGUACCCGCCAGGACUUUGUAGGGCCAUUGCUCAAAGUUUUGGCACUGAUUUCAGUGCGCAUGGCACCAGUGCGGAGCACGGUGAUUUACCAGACUUGCCAUUGUCGUUUUUGGAUAUCUGCACGAAGAUGCGGGACCACGACUUUGGCCACUUCAUUGGUCUGGAUUGA